ACAGCAGCCCCCGCGCUGGUUCACUUCCCGGUGCCAUCCCUUAAAACUGGUCCCCAAACUGCUUCUUUCUAUCUGGGGGGCAGGGACAGGGUGGUUACCUGGUGCAACCACCGGGGGCACCGUGCUGUACCACCCCAGCCGACACCUGUUUCCUCCCCCUGGGCAGGUCUAAGGAAUGCCCCACGCUGCUGGGACGUGAUCCAACCCCUGCUCUGCGCCGUCUACAUGCCCAAGUGUGAGGAUGGCAAGGUGGAGCUGCCCAGCCAGACCCUGUGCCAGGCCACCCGCGGGCCCUGCACCAUUGUGGAGCGGGAGCGGGGCUGGCCCGACUUCCUCAAGUGCGGUCUGGACCGGUUCCCAGAAGGCUGCCCGAAUGAGGUGCAGAACAUCAAGUUCAACAGCUCGGGGCAGUGCGAGGUGCCGCUGGUGCGGACGGACAACCCCAAGAGCUGGUAUGAGGAUGUGGAGGGCUGCGGCAUCCAGUGCCAGAACCCGCUCUUCACUGAGAGGGAGCACCACGAGAUGCACGUCUACAUCGCCGCCUUCAGCUCUGUCACUAUCUUCUGUACCUUCUUCACCCUGGCCACAUUUGUCGCUGACUGGAAGAACUCAAACCGCUACCCAGCUGUCAUCCUCUUCUACGUCAAUGCCUGCUUCUUCGUGGGCAGCAUCGGCUGGCUGGCCCAGUUCAUGGACGGGGCCCGUGGUGAGAUUGUGUGCCGGGCCGAUGGGACCAUGAGGCUGGGUGAGCCCACGUCUAACGAGACGCUGUCCUGCGUGAUCAUCUUUGUCAUCGUCUACUACUCACUGAUGUCGGGCGUGAUCUGGUUCGUCAUGCUGACCUAUGCCUGGCAUACCUCCUUCAAGGCCCUGGGCACCACCUACCAGCCACUGGUGGGCAAGACCUCCUACUUCCACCUGGUCACCUGGUCCAUCCCCUUCGUCCUCACUGUCGCCAUCCUAGCUGUGGCACAGGUGGACGGCGACUCUGUCAGUGGCAUCUGCUUUGUGGGAUACAAGAACUAUCGCUACCGGGCUGGCUUCGUGCUGGCCCCCAUCGGCCUGGUGCUGAUCGUGGGGGGCUAUUUCCUCAUCAGAGGUGUCAUGACUCUGUUCUCCAUCAAAAGCAACCACCCCGGGCUGCUGAGUGAGAAGGCGGCCAGCAAGAUCAACGAGACCAUGCUGCGGCUGGGCAUCUUCGGCUUCCUGGCCUUUGGCUUUGUCUUCAUCACCUUCGGCUGCCACUUCUACGACUUCUUCAACCAGGCCGAGUGGGAGCGCAGCUUCCGGGAGUACGUGCUGUGUGAGGCCAAUGUGACAAUCGCCACCCAGACCAACAAGCCAAUCCCCGAAUGCGAGAUCAAGAACCGGCCCAGCCUGCUGGUGGAGAAGAUCAACCUCUUCGCCAUGUUCGGCACUGGCAUCUCCAUGAGCACCUGGGUGUGGACCAAGGCCACGCUCUUGAUAUGGAGACGCACCUGGUGCAGGCUGACUGGGCAGAGUGAUGAUGAGCCCAAGCGCAUCAAGAAGAGCAAGAUGAUCGCCAAGGCCUUCUCCAAGCGCAAGGAGCUGCUGCACAACCCCGAGCAGGAGCUGUCCUUCAGCAUGCACACCGUCUCGCAUGAUGGGCCCGUGGCCGGUCUGGCGUUCGACCUCAACGAGCCGUCAGCCGAUGUCUCCUCCGCCUGGGCUCAGCACGUCACCAAGAUGGUGGCCCGACGAGGUGCCAUCUUGCCGCAGGACAUCUCCAUCACGCCCAUGGCCACCCCUGUACCACCCGAGGACAGGCCCAACCUGUGGGUGGUGGAGGCCGAGAUCUCGCCUGAGCUGGAGCAGCGGAGCAACCGCAGGAAGAAGCGGAGGAAGAAGAAGAAGAAAGAUGUCUGCCCGCUGGGGCCUGCACCCCUGCCCUGCGACGGGGGCUGCUGCGCCCCACCAGCCUCCAGCUCCGUCCCGCGCCUGCCCCAGCUCCCGCGCCAGACCUGCCUGGUUGCUGGCCCCCGUGACUCCCGGCUCAUCGAGGAGACGCUGCUCCCCAGCUCCUACCCUGCACUGAGACCUAGCUUCUUCCCCCGGGACCACCAGUACCCGGGCAUGUUGCACCUCAUCAGCAACCCCUUCUGCCCCGAGAGCAGGCCCCAGGAGGAGCUGAACCUGGGGCACAGCAGCAUGAGGGGCUGUGUUGCCCCUCAGUCCUGCCUUGGUCCCAUGCCAUCCUCUGCCUCCAAGCUGGACCCCUAUGGGCCGCGGACUCAGGGCCGGCGGUCCACCUUUGCCGCCGGGCACUCCCGGACAAACCUCGUGGAUGCAGAGCUGCUGGACGCUGAUUCAGACUUUUAGACUCUCCUAACGCAGGAGCCUGGGGUGCGCUGGAGCACUAGGAGUGAGGGCGUAGGAGGAGGAUGCCCUGGAAGGGGGCAGAGCUGGCUGGGGAUGCUUCCUCUGACCCCAAGUGGGCCCAACCCUCCGCUGCUGUGCAGCCACCUCUGGACACUACCCAGCCACGAGGCUCAGGCCUGGCCCCUGCUGCAGGGAGUUUGCAGCUGUGGGCACUGAUCCCUGCGCUUGGGCUGAGCUAGGUGCCACUGGAGAAGUGUUAUUUGUUGCUCUGAGUGACCUUGGUCAGUUGGCAGAAGGGAUGGGGCGUUGUGGGGGGCCGUAGCCACCUGGGGCAGCGCUGUGCUCCUUAAAUGGAGCUGCAUCAGGCUCGCCAUGAUGGGGAGGAUUUGGGGACACUCCUGGGGCAGCCCCAGCUUGGACAGGCCUCAGCCAUGGCUUUGCAGUCUGAGGACUCUGGGUGAGGGGCACAUGGACACAUGGGGCCAGGGGCCCUUGCUGAGCAGCUCCAAGGUGCGUGCAAAGCACUCUGUACCCAGUGUCACACAGGGGACCGAGGUGGGUGUCGCAACCAGCCAGGACCAGGGCAUGGGGGCGAGAGGGGACUGCCCAGAAAGGAGCAGCCCCAUAUCCAUGCGGCCUGCUCCAUUGCAGCCACCCCAGUGCGGUGAUGGGCAUGGGGCCAUCAUGUGGCCCCCAGGAUGAAGGAUAUGGCAGC